GCGUGAUCGGACUGCUGGUCACUGCUGUCAUGAAGGCUCAUGAGGUAUGGAACACGUACUGACGGGUCGUCCGCAGAGGGAGAGUCACUCCGCCACUAACAAGAAGGGAAGGAAAAAGUGAAGGCUCCAGAUAAGGGCCGAGAUUUCCUGAGACGGGCGGUCCCCAGGGGAGCUGAGAGGAAGUGUUUUCGUGGGAUGAUGGGAGUGAACGCCCAGUAUUUUCUAAUUUUCUCUCUGUCGGUUGUCUGGAUCCCGAGCAGCUCUGACGUUUCGAAAAUUAUCCACUGACCUCCAGGACAGCAGAGGGCGACAUUACAGAGAUGAUGGGAGGCCAGAGAGAGAGACUCUUCACACUGCUGCUCAUUGCAGCUGUCUCACACAUUGUGACUUCAGAGGAGAUGCAGAUGAGCAUGUCUCCCAGUGCAGUGGAUGAUCAGUUCUCAGGGUGUCGGGCAGAGAUGCGGGAGAAGGUCAUGGGGAAGGGGGGGCUGCUGGAGCAGGAGCUGCAGAGCAACAGCUCGUUUCAGGAAGAGUGGAGCGCAGCAAGUUGCAGCAAACCCAUCCCAGGUGGCAGGCUGGAGCACGCUCUGGCCAUGGAGGUGUACAGUCGUGCAAGCAGUAGAUUCCGCAAACACUUCAAUACAGCGGUCGAGUCCCAAGGUGGGAGCAGCAGCGUCUACAGCAGCAGCUUCCCCUUCAAGUCCCUCCACUUCCUGCUGACGGAGGCGCUGCAGCUGCUGAAGCCGAAUCAGAGUGUCACCACGUACCGCGGUUCACAGCACCAAUACAAAGCGGAGGUGGGAACCGAGGUGCGAUUUGGGCGGUUCACCUCCACCAGAGAAGAACGAAGCCAUGCUGAAGAAGAUGCAGAUUCUGGGACCCUGUUCGUCAUCACCAGCCAAGCUGCAGUGAGUCUGGAGAAACAACCCUGCACCACCAAGGACAUCGAGUUCCUGAUCCCCCCUUUCGAGGUGUUUAAAGUGGAGAGUGUGGAGAUCAAAGAGGAUUACACAGAGAUCACUCUGAACCACACACGCUUUCACAGCUACCACGACUGUUACCUCUUCCCCAGGGGUGGUGGUUCCGACUCCUCCAGUGACUCUGUGAGCUCCAGUAUGCUGCUGUUGUUGGUUGCUGUUCUGUGUCUCGGUCCCUAUUUUCUCUAUUAGUGCACUGUAUACACACACACACACACACACACACACACACACACACACACACACACUGUGGCCGUCUAGGCUGGUUUCCUGGCCUCAUGGUUGGAACGCAAAUGCACUACCAAUCUGAUUCACAGUGCAAAGUAAUUUUCUGUAUUAAUUAAGAAUGCUCAGAGAUUGUAACUCUCUGUAAAGCAGUUUGAUCAUUUCACAGGAUUUUUUUUUUUUUUGUAGUGAAAUUGUUUGCAUGUCACUGCAGUGUUUUAUACUUGUCCCAAACAUGGAGUUCAGUAGGAGCUUUUUAUGGCAUUAAAAAACUCCAUCAAUGCAAUGUAUCUACCAUAUUGUCCAACAAUGCAAUCAUUUCAAAUGAGG